AGCGCGGGCUGCCGCCGUCGCCUAGCAGCGGCCCGGCCCGCAGCCGCUGCAGCCCCGCCAUGGAGUCCGGAGGGCGGCGGCUGCGGAGGCUCCAGGGGUCGCGGGAGGAGGCGGCGGCGUACUACCGAGGCCACCGAGUGCCGCAGCGGCUGGAGGAAGCGCUCAACGCCCUCUUCCCCCAGCGCCCCGCGGAUAUCUACGGGGAGCUGGCUAACUACUUGUCUAAAUUUUCAAAAGCUCCAGUAAUAUGCAAAUUAGUUGGAAGAAAAGUUCUUGAUGGAGUUGGUCAGCCAACAUUAGAAGUGGAAAUAUACUGUAGAGUCAAAAACUAUGAGAAGAGGAUUUGUUCUACUGUAAUGUCUUCUCACUCUCAAAUACCUGAAAAUGCUUUACCUGAAACAACUGAAGCUGAUGAGAAAGAAAGAAAUGACUCUGUUAACACUGCUGUGGAAUGGGUGAAUGAAUCACUGAACACAAUGUUAAGAGACUUGAAGCCCACUGAGCAGUGUAAAGUUGAUAAGAUGCUUGGUGAGUACUUUACAAAAAAGGUAGAAGAAAAAAAAGAAACUCAAAAGCAAGAAGAAGCAGCAGAAGCCAUUCUUGCCCUUACUUCAUGCACUCCAUCAGCAACAGCACUACCUGGGAAGAAAAAAGCAGCAAAACCAGGGAAGAAGGUGGCAGUUGCAGAGAGAACGAUCCCACCUGCAGAACCUGCUGAAUCAGUGCUUUGUGGCAGCUUAGCCAUUGGGGGAACAUCACUUGCUAUAGCUAAGGCCGGUGCCACCAUUAGCCGCAUCCCGUUGUACUUACAUAUUGCACUGCUGAAAGGUAAUCAGGAUUCACCUAAAGAAAUUACUCUGCCGCUCCCAAUGGUUACUCUGUUGAACUGUGAAAAAUUCUCACCUGCAAAACUGAAAUUAGUGAAAGAAGUUAUGCUUAUACCACCAGUUCAGUUAUCACUCAAACAGGGCAUAGAAAGAGUUCUGGAUAUUCAGAAAGAAAUGAUGAGACUGUUGGAGCCUCCAGGCAAAGCGCCCAGUCCUCAGCUAGCAGACAGUAAGAAAGGCAGAGCACAUAAUACAGGGAAGAAAGCUCCGCCACGAGCCUUAAAAAGAAUAUCACACAUAGGUUGCCUAAUGACAGGAUGUGAUAAUCUAGAACAACCGCUACUCCUAAUGCAAACAGCUUGCAACAAUAUAGGUCUGGAGCUAGGAACAGACAUGUACUUAGCAAUAAAUUGUGCUGCUCAUGAGUUAAUGGAUUACGUUAAAGGAAAAUAUGAAAUACUCACUGGAACAUUCAAAAGUCCUGAUGAAAUGGUUGACAUGUACGUGGAGCUGAUUAAUAAAUUUCCUUUUAUUAUUGCAUUAAUAGAUCCCUUAAGAAAAGAGGACAGACAACAAUGGAAUAACAUAUGUUGUAAUCUUGGUUCCAAAUGUUACCUGAUUGCUGAAGAUGCUGCCACAUAUCUUUCCAAACUUAAAACUGACCAAGAUAUAAACUUACCAACGUGCAGUGGUGUUGUCCUAAAAUAUAUUAACCAAACCAAGGUCUCAGACCUCGUAGAACUUACUGGACUUCUAGAUGGUCAAAGACAUAUUACCAUAUUAGGAAGUCCAGAUGGAGAAUCUUCUGAUGACAGCCUUGUGGAUCUGGCUGUUGGACUGGGUGCCAGGUUUAUCAAGUUGGGAGGUCUUUCCCGCGGAGAAAGGGUGACCAAAUACAACCGCCUUCUUGCUAUAGAGGAAGAACUGGCCAAGAAUAGAACACUACGUGAAGCACAUCUUGAAUUUGUUGCUUUUGCCGAAGAGUCCCAGCCAGAAAAACAACUUUCUGACGUAAUUCCUCCCCCAAAGCAGGACUCCUUGCCGCCGCAGCGCUCUCAGCCAGCCCUGCAGGUUCGCAGCCUGUCUGCUCCGCCCCCGGAGAACAGCACGCUCACCUAGGUUGUCAACAUUAACUUUUGGAUGAAUUUCUAAAAAGAAAAAAAUUAUAGUAAGAAACCCAUAUAUUAACCACUCUUUAAUCCAUUUAUUUUCAAGCACUUUAGCUACACUUUUUAAAAAACGUUCAGAUACUAGCUCCUCUUUUCCCAGGAGACCAUUGCUUUCAGCUGCAACCAAGUUAACUGAGCAGCAGCUAUAGUUUGAAAAUACCACAAGAUCCUGUGCUGCACUUACAAACUGAGAAAACAAAUACCUCUGUGUUAAGUCCAAAAAGAAAUGUUUGUUUUGGGAAAGUCAGAAUCUCUCUCCAUACAAAGAGCAAGCUAUUGACAAACAGUAAAAAAAAACAUUUACAAAAAACAAAGGCCUUGACUGUUAUGCUGCUCCAUCCCCCCACACACCCUCAAUGCUGCUCUUAGAUCUGGCCUACGAGGGAAGUUCUGCUCCAGUUCUAGCUAGCUAUCAAUACAAGCGCAUCCGCGCAAACCCCAAAUGUAGGGCACAAAGCUGUAAUUGGCACCCCUGGGAAGCUUGCUUCACUCGGAGGCAGGGAAUAACCAGGCAAGGUCUGGGAAACUUGUCAGGAGUCUUUUUAAUAAGCCACAGUGAAAAGAUAAUUUAUGUCCCAGGUAACAAACAGUCUAAGUAAAAGAAACACUUUUAAAAAACUUCGGGGUUUUGUAUAAUUUGAAAAUUUGAACAGAGAGUACAGCAGCAAUAAUUUGAGGAAAAAUACAUGUAUAAAAUGUUGCAUCUCAAAUUCAGUGUAACAGAUACCCAAGUGAAAAGUUAAGCACCAGAACCAACCGCCCCCCAGAAACAAAGAUAUCCAUGAGAGACAAAUUUCCCCAAGUUUAGGAAUCAUAUGUAGUUCAGCAAUUAGAUCAAGUCCAAGAUUU